UGGACCAUCACGCCACGAGCUGACGCAUCGAACCCUUUACCUCCAAACCCGACGGCUCUUGCUGUGCCGCACCCGUAGAGGGGCAACUUGCGGCUUAACUUCUUCUGUGCCGCAUCCGUCGAAACACAGCUGCUGCACUUACCCGAGACACCUUGAAAGAUUAUCCAUAUCUGAAAAUAGAGAAGAUGUACGUGUUAGGACUCCUAUAUGAGGCAGGGUAGAGGAAAGACACAUCCGUCUCCACUAGUGACAUUAAGUGUAUACAAACAUCAAACGCAUUGUGUAAUAUCAAAAGCUAAUUUAGCAUAAAUUCGUCGAAUAUUUACAAUUCCUUCUUUGAUGUUUUAGCUAGAUGAUAACUACCAGCCUCUCUUCUUAAAUCCGUGGAUGGAUGUGCGAUAUUUCAACUGAACUUUGCGUAUAGGUCCCGGUUAAGUGAGGAUGACGACAUUCAAGACAAAUGAACAAGUGGAGGAAAGAUCGAGAGUAAUGCAAUACACAAGACUUGGCUAAGGUACUUCCAGUAUUGACUUAUACACUUCAGGAAGGAGAGGAAGAGAGACAUGUUCUGAAAAUCUUAUUCUGGACGACGCAUAAUGUUUCCCUGUUACAAACUUUCUGAGCGUCUCUGAAACACCGCGCUGUUCUCCAGGGCCCCAACUCCACUUGAUGACAUCAGCCAAGAAGAUGACGUCCCGCCCCGCAGUACCGUCGGUGAUGUCACUUGUGGUGUUGUGGACUACCUUACUCUACCUGCCAGGUUGUGUGUGGUCAUGGUCACGGGCACCUCGUCACGUAGUGCCGCCACCCACCAUCCCGGGGCCCACCCUCCCACCGGUGUUUGACCCACUCGUGCCCACCAACGUCACCGUCACCGCCUCCAAGACGGCCCUUCUCUCCUGCGUCGUCCACAACCUUGGCAAUAACUCUUUUCCACGAGACCCUUGUUACUCCAAUGACGUCACGCCUCAACUCCAGGUGUCGUGGAUCAGACACAGGGACCUACACAUACUGACGGUGGGACCUACCACCUACACAAGUGACUCAAGGUUCGCGGCGGUGCAGCAUGCGGGAAAAGGCGACUGGAUGUUGCGGCUACAAUACGCCAGCCCGCGGGACUCGGGUCAGUACGACUGUCAAGUGUCCAGUACCCCGCCCACCGCCCGCACCACCCUCCUAACUGUUGUAGAACCACAAGCCAAGAUCCUACGGGCCCCAGACAUCCACGUGGGGAUUGGCUCACCCAUCAACCUGACGUGUGUGGUACCUUACUCGCCAGAACCACCAGACUACCUACACUGGUACCACAAGGAACGGAUGGUGAGGGAGGACAGGGUGCGCGUGUGGGUCAGGACUCAGCUGGCUAGUCGGAGUGUGAGCCAGCUGGUGGUGAAGGAGGCAGCACCUGGAGACUCGGGCGUCUACACCUGCAGUCCCGCCCACUCCCGCGAGCACUCCAUCACCGUGCACGUCCUCACAGGAGAAUACCCGGCAGCGAUGCAGGGAGGGUCGUCGGUGAGGUACGCAGGCCGCAACGUGUGGGCUCUCCUCCUGACCGUUGUUGUCCUCACCACACUGUCCAGCCCGCUCCUAGUACCCUAUUUUUAUAUGUAAAUAAACAUGUUUUGCAGAAAUAA